AGCAGAUGCAAAGCUUCCUGGGACUGGUUAAUUAUUGCCGAAUAUGGGUGCCCAACUGUUCCAUGUAUGAUAAAAUCCUACGAACUGCUACUCUGGGGGACACAGAGGACAUUACAUGGACAGCUGAGAUGGAUCAAGCAUUCAGACAUUUGAAAUCCUCCCUCAUGAAACCUCCUGCACUCAGCCUCCCAAAUUACUCUCAAGACUUUCACUUAUACGUGCAUGAAAGUGGGGGUACAGCCGCCGCAAUCCUGGCCCAGGAACAUGGGGGUACUUUUCGUCCCAUAGCUUAUUUGUCUAAAACUCUUGAUUCAGUAGCCAGGGGACUUCCUGCUUGUUUGCGUGCAGUGGCUGCCACGGCGAUCAUGGUGCAAGAUGCUGAAAAAAUUGUGUUAUCACAUAAAUUGAUAGUGCAUACUUCUCAUCAGGUUGCUGACGCAAGGUGAAUUUGAGAGUGAUGACCACGAGUGCCUGGACAGAAUCCAGAUUUCGACUGCCUGCAGGCCAGAUGUUUCUGCAUCUGUCCUGGAGGAGGGGAAGAAUUGGUAUAUUGAUGGAUCCUGUUUCAAGCCAAAUGAUAAUGUAUACUUGUGUGGGUAUGCUAUUGUUGAAUUACCUGAUCGUGUAAUUGAGGCAUACUCUUUGCCAUACAAGUCAGUGCAAGUUGCAGAAUUAAUUGCUUUAACGAGAGCUUGUCAAUUGGCAAAAGAUCAGUGUGUUAAUAUAUACACUGACUCUAAAUAUGCGUAUAGCAUAGUACAUGAUUUUGCUAAAUUGUGGGAAGAAAGAAAUUUUAAAACCUCAGAUGGAAAGCCAAUUGCUCACCAUAGUAUUGUAGCGGAGCUCAUUAAUGCAGCACAACAACCAUCAAAACUCGCUGUUAUUAAAGUAGCAGGACAUACGUCAGGAGAAACAGAUGAAGCCAAAGGAAAUAGAUUUGUAGAUGAAGUAGCGAAAUGGGCUGCUAAAGAAGUAAUGUUAAGUCCACAUGUAAGCGAAAGGGGCACAGAUGUGCCUAUGAUGAAUUCAUUAUUGACUAAUGAUUUGGACAUUAAAAUAUUACAAGCUAACCCUACGCAAGCUGAUUUGACUUACUGGUCAGACAAUGAAGUAAAACCAGAUCAAGUUGGAAUCUUGAGAGACAAACAGGGUAGACUUGCAUUACCUGCAUCUGCGAUUGUUAUGCUAUGUAGACAUUAUCAUGGUGUAUCACAUGUGUCAAAAAAGAAAGUGAUACAAAUGUUGAAUCGAUCUUAUUGCAUAGCAAAUAUUCAAAGAAAUACUCUGUUGAUAUUGGAUGCUUGUCUGGUGUGUGCUCAAACUAACAAGCACAAGGCAACUAAACAUGAUGCUUUACCACAUCCUGAGCUACCAUUCCAACACUUGCAAAUUGAUUUUACGCAUAUGCCUCCUUGCGGAAAUAAUAAAUAUUUGCUUGUGAUUGUUGACAGAUUUUCUAAAUGGCCUGAAGCUUUUCCGUGUGGAAAAGAAAAUGCACAGACGGUAGUUAAAGUUCUGGCUAAGGACAUUAUACCGCGUUUUGGUAUACCAAUGGUUAUCGAUAGUGAUAAUGGAACACCGUUCACUUCCAAAGUCACGCAGUUGUUAGCCAAGGAGCUUAAUAUUACCUGGAGAUUGCAUAUCCCAUUUCAUGCUCCAUCUAGUGGACAAGUUGAGAACAUGAAUAGGGUUAUCAAAGAUCGUCUUAAUAAAGCGUGUCUUGAUACAGGCAGAAAUUGGGUUGAUCUGCUGCCUGCCAUAUUGACAGAAAUUAGAAUGUCACCAUCAGCAACAACAAAGAUGUCUCCGUUUGAAAUCCUUAUGGGUAGACCUUUCCCGACCCCAUGGGUCAGAGGUCGCGCUGGCAAUUUUUCCACAGGUGACAUGGAGGUGAUCAUCACGGAUUAUGUGGAUUCCCUAAUUAAAACUUUGAAUAGCAUCAAUGGUGAUGUGUCUCUCUCUCUCCCUCUUCCUGCAGAAAAAAACACUCAUCCUUUCGUUCCAGGACAACAGGUGCUGAUAAAGUGUCUGAAGCCCACAAAACUGGGUGAGCCGAAAUAUCUGGGGCCCGCCACGGUGAUUGCUGUGACGAGAACAGGAGUGCUGACUGACUUCCAGCCGCAGUGGAUCCAUGCCAGUCGACUGAAAGCAGCUCCAUCCCAGGGGAACGUUCUGGUCAAUGAGGAGAAGGAAGCCAGUGAGCCAAGGAAAGAUCCGAAGGAAGGUGAACCAAGACGUUCAACGAGGAGAAGAAGAAAGAGAUUGCUAGAGAUCUAAAACCAGCAAUAAUUAUCAUUAAAGCUCUCUAGCCAUGAUUGCUAAAUUGACAUUUUACCUGGUUGUGCUGACAAAUGUGUUUAUUCACAUACAAGCUGCUGUUAGCACUGGUAAUGAAACUUGGGUACAUUAUGAAGAAAAACCACAUGCCUUCGCAGCUAACAUGUGGUGGAGAUUAGCCAACUACACUGCUAAAUCUGAAGGAAAAACAGGUGACUGUUAUGUUUGCACCAAAAUGCCACAUAGUGCUUCUGGACCACAUGUAGAGGUUAAAUCACCAAGGACAGAAGAAGAAUUAGAAUGCCCUAUUUUUGUUAGCAUUACUGGAAUGAUGGCUCCAAAUAGAAGUGCAAUAUGGAGUUGUGGAAAAAGUAGAAUAAUGAUGCUUGCAACGCAAGUACAUGCUAAAGUGACAAUCAUUGGCUCUAUUCCAGACUCACUGUUAUGUAUGGAAAGAGAAACUGGAACAGUGAGACUGGGGGUAAUUCCUAAAAGUAAAUGUAAUCGAACAUACCAUCAUUGUGAGAUAGAAAAUAUGUCUUGUUGUAUGAGUUGUAUUUUGCAUUAUCCAAAAGCUAAUAUGACUGAGUGUUCUAAAAGAACACCACAUCCUAUAUCUACUAUGAUUGCUUAUGGAUGGGCUAAUCCUUUUAUUCAAGAUGUGUGUUCUAAAUAUUGUGCACUUGUGCCAGGUCAAAAUUGCUACAGAUAUGCCUCUGCUUAACGGGGAAC